CCUUCUGCUGCUCCGAGAAGGAACCAGGACAAUGAGAAUUUUCCCUGGCUGGGGCUGGAUUGUUUUCCCAGGAUGUUGGGCUUUGAUUGGCCCUCAGGAGGCAAGCGGUCCCCUGGGCGGAGAGCUCACUGUACAGUGUUGGUAUGGCAGAGGUUAUGAGAAUUAUAUUAAAUACUGGUGCAGAGGAACAACUUGGACAUCCUGCCUCAUAGUUGUUACAACAGGAUCAGAGGCAAUGGUGAAGCGCGACAGAGUUUCCAUCAAAGACAGUCACACUUUCUGCAUGUUCAUAGUGACCAUGAAAAACCUCACAGAGAAAGACUCUGGGACUUACUGGUGUGGGAUAGACAAACUGGGAUUGGAUCUCAUGUUCUCUGUGAAAGUGAAUGUUCUUCCAGCUGUUCCUGCCUCACCACCCCCAGCACCAAUGAGACAGACAACAGUUCAUGCUGCCUCCACUGAGUCUCCUUUCAGAUGGACUGCCCCUGAAGUGGCUGAAUCCAACUCCACGGUUCACAGCAGCGACCCUCCUGCAGGUACAACAGACCCAGUCCUCCAUAUCCUGACACCAUGCAUCCUGCUGGUUCUGCCUCUGAUUUUGCUCACUGUUGUACUGUUUAGAAGGAUGACGCAGAGGAGAAACAAAGCCCUUGAGGGAGCGCCUGGACAAAGGGAAAAGAACUUCCAUCCCUAUCGGCUGGUACCUGGAAACACCCCGUCGUCCUUCAUUACCAGUGAACCUGCAGCCUCUUGUAAGGCAGCCAUCUGCAUGCCCAUGGAGGAGACACCGGACUCAGCAGCUGAUGAGGCUGACUAUGAAAAUGUCAUUCAUGAGACCCAGGCUUCAAGAUCGACAGAAGAGGUUGCUCCUGGCACAGUGAAAUUUCCAGCCUCACAUCAGCAGACCAUCUAUGCCAAUAUGAAUCCAAACACACGCAUUACAUAG